AUGCCAAAAGACGAGCAAGAGACAUUGAUUUCUGUAUAUUACCCGUGGCUGCCUUCAAGAUGUCUAACAUGUCAGACUUGGGGACAUAAAGAAACUGAAUGCCAGAAAAUGAAAAUGGGCUCGGUUGUCAUCCUGGAGAAAGAAAAGGAAAAUAAAAAUGUGGAAGACAUACAUAGGAGUGGAGAGGUCGAGGUAAACAAAGAGAAAGAAGCGACUGAGGAUGACACAAAAAUACUGAAGGAGGAUACAGAAGAGAAAUGGAUCACUGUACAAAGGAGUGGACAAUCUUCUCCUCAGAAGUCAGAAAAGACCAAGGAGGUCCUUAAUCAGUUGAUGAACACUAUUGACGGUAACGCGGUCUCUCCUUCCAGAUUCAAUAUCCUCUCACAAGUCGACGAGGACGAAGAUGAUGAGAAGGAGGAUGGUGAAAUAACAGUGGAUCUACCAAACGAUAUACAGCAGGAAGAUGACUCUUCUUCCUCGGAGGAGGAAAUACCAAUCAAGCAAAGCAAUUCUGCAAAACAAACAAACCAGCAAGCUGAGGAAAAGAAGAAGAAGAAACAAGCUCCAAGGAAUCAACAACAUAACCGACAAGAACAGAAACUGUCCCAACAAAACAAAGCCAACAAGAAGUCCUCCUCACGGAGGAACUAA